GGAACACCUUUGCUCGUUAUUUCCAGUGUGCAAGCCGAUUCGGGUCGCAUGAUGAACAGCGAAUCAGGACCCGGCCGAUCAACUGCGGCAGGCAAGGGCAUAGGUCGCCCGAGCAGAGAUGAUGACCCCGACAACGGUCCGAGAUCACCCAAGAAGCAGCGAAGACAACGGCCGUCUCACAGCUGUACAGAAUGUCGGAGACUGAAGAUCAAGUGCGACCGGCAAGUGCCGUGCUCAAACUGUAUACGGCGACGACGGGUUGAACUUUGUAAUGGGACUACAACCGACGAAACACAGUCGCGUCCGGAAUCCAAUGUGCACUCUAGACAACAGCAGGAUGCCGUGCAAGCCCAACAGUCGCAACCCUCUGAUGAAAAUGCUCACGUCUCAUCUACUUCCCUUGAUUAUGACCAUCAAACCACGCAGCAGGGGCAACCGCAGCCACAUCGACAUGAUGUAUCAGAAUCAUCACCACACCACCGCCAUGUUCAGGCAAUACUCGCGGCGCAAGGGCUCGCGGGCGAUUCCGGCCGCACCCUGAUGCAGCUCAGCAAUUGCAAUAGGGAUGGUUUUGAACAACUCGACCUUCUCGCCCACGUGCUGCAGCCAGAGGCUAUGCAUAGGCCACAUUCGCUGCCUGCAGGCAUAAUCGCCGAACCUGAACACAGCGACCCGAACAGAGCUAGUGGCCCCAGCAAUCCCGCUCCACAGUCCAUUGGUGUUGACGAGCAGAGCGGCUCCUACGGCACAUUGAUGUUGAGCAAAGGAGGUCGGUCCAAGUAUUUGGGCCCGACCGCAGGCAGUGAAUGGUUGAAAGAGUCGGAAACACAAGAUAUAUCGGACAGUCCAUCGGCUACUCGCCCUCCCUCUCCGAAGAUAUCCCAAGCUUCGGUUCCCUUUCAGGCUAAUCGUGUGGCUUCCAGCGUUACUCCUGUCGUAUUUCCUUUUAAUUCUUCUGCAGCAUACAUUAGUACUCAGGAUCUGCUUUCACGCCUACCCCCCAAAGAAGAGGCAGAGGUACUGGUCGAGUCGUACUAUCGCUAUUGUGCUUGGCAUCAUGAUGUUGUUCCCAAGACCGCGUUCCAGAAAACAUUUAGUCGUGUCUAUAGGCUUUCGAAUGGGGGUUCUAUGUCUCCUUCAGUCAAUCCGCAGGAAAUUGCGCUCGUUUUCAUCGUCAUGGCUCAAGGCACCAUGUUUAAUAUUGAGAUGCCCAACUACGAUCCAUCUGCUGAAGAUUGGCUACAUCUCUCGGAACAGGCUCUGGUCAAGGGGAACUUCCUAUCGAACAACAUGGUUGCUGGAGUGCAAACUUUACAUUUGAUGGCGCAUUUGCAUCUGCAGUUAGACAAAGGUGGACGCGGUGACAAUGCCUGGCCGUUGUGGGGUCUGGUCAUGCGAUUGGCUCAAGCCAUGGGUAUGCACCGGGACGGUGCCUGCUGGAAUCUACCACAGGAUGUUGUCGAGUAUAGACGCAAGGUGUUUUGGGAGUGCAAUGCCGCCGACACCUUCCAAGCGCAUUGCUUUUCAAGACCUUGUGCUAUGAAUCCUGAGCAUUGCGACGUUGCGUUUCCUUCCGAGCCUCUGAAUGUGAACGGCGAAAAGAGCUAUUCUAUACUCCGGUUUGAGUUGUCUCAGCUUUCAUCCGAAAUUCUCAAUAUGGCAAUGAAGGUGCAGAAACCAGAGUACUCCGCUGUCACCGACCUAGACCUUAGGCUCGGCGAAUUUGAACGCAACAUUCCGUUCUCCCUUCGUUGCCGAUCAGCGUUCUUGGCAAUGCCUUCUCGAUACCCUCACAUCGAGGCGGCGAUUGAAGCAUCUCCACAACCAUCCCGGAGAUCUAUGGCUAUUUCCUUCCAGCAAAUGAAUCUUGCGCUCAACAUUUCGGAGACGAUUAUAAACCUUCACCGACCUUAUUAUGCCAAAGCGCUCUACGACAUUGAUGAUCGUUUCAAAUCUAUAUACGCACCUUCAUUUUUGACUGUGAUAGAACGUUGUGCGAUUAUCAUUGCCAUUGUCGGCGACAUUCAUACCCGCUUCCCCGCUAUCAGCACCAGGCAAUGGAAUUUUUGGUUUCACGUCUUCGGAUCAGCCCUAUGCUUAGGGACGCUGGUAUUGCGUGAUCCUGGUAAUCCUAUGGCCACCUUCGUCAUUGCCCAGCUUGACGCCGCUAUUGACUUAUUUACCUCGUUGAUUCACCACGGUGCUAAUACUCCCCGGUACCGCCGUAAUUUGCAGUGGCUCUUGAAGCUACGUGUUCGGGCGUCGUCCAAAAUCUCCACGGCAUCUAUCGCACAAGGAGCCGACUCCCAGCGAGACGCUCAUCCGGAACGGCAAAGAAGCCGAGAAGACAGAGAGGACAGUGAAGAUGUGGAGCUUCUUGGUUGGCGCACCAGACUUAUUGAGAGAGCUGGUCAGGAUCACCGGACUAUCAGGACUAUUCAUCUUCGUGAGACUCCAACCGGUUAUGAUGGCACAAAUAACUCGAAUUCAUCGCCGAGUACACAUAACUUUGGAGGUGCUCAGAGUGAGCUGAGGAUUGGAAACAUGAUGGUGCCUAACUCAUCACUUUCCUUGGUGACUCCCGACUCGACAGCCGAACUUUUACAAGACUUUUGGGAUCCAAUGCUCCUACAGGAUAUAUUCGGAGCUCCCGCUGGCUAGUCAAAUGUGAGUAGAACAUUCAAUUUUCCCUGCUUAGUGACAAAAUAGAGCGGCCACCCUCAACGCACUUCAAGGGUGGACCGGAUCAGGCAUAGUUAUUUAUAUGAAUGCAAACGAAAGCAAGAUUAGUAAUUAUUUGAAUGUACAAGAUUAUAACCUCGAC